AUGAUUGAACUUCCUAAAACCCACGCACUUCAUGACUUGACGAUUAUAACUUGGAGUCCUUUCAUAGGGCCGUUUCUCGUUCUAUUUUUCCUUGGUCUGAGGGUAGUUGACCGACCAGUGAACUGGUUACUGUCAACUAUUAUUGAUGCGUUCUUAUCCAGGCGUCAUCAAGUCCGGGACGUUGGGGCCGGAAAACCCUUUCCGUCAAACAGAUACUGGUUCCCCAGUGGCCAAGGAGACGCAGCCAAGUUCCUCCACGGCAAAGAGAACAGUAUUAAAUGGGAGUCAGAGUAUGGACCCAUCUACCGUAUAUGGUCAGGCUCAAACCCUGAAGUUGUUGUCACAAGGCCUGAAGACGUCCAGCAGGUUUUCAAGGAUUCAGACAAACACAUCAAAGCAGUUAAUAAUAACUCGGGGUACGUCCUGGGGCAAUUGCUUGGAAAAUGUGUUGGUCUCGUGAGCCAGAAUGAAUGGAGACGGGUCAGAGAGGUCUCAGAAGUUGCAUUCAUACCAAGUACGGUACCGAAAUACUUGGAAACUAUACAGAAGCGAACCAUACGUCACUUCAAGACCCUUGAAGCCGGAGACAACUUACCCAAUGGAGUCAUCGAUCCAGCAGCAGACUUGAAGAUGCUCCCUUUUUGGAUCAUUGCUGAUGUGCUCUAUGGAAGUUUGUCAAGGAAAAUGGAAAAGACUCUUGCUGAACUUGCACCUCUGCGCGAAGACAUAUUUCGCAAGGUCAUGGAAGGCGGUUUGUCGAGAUUCAACUGGUCACGAUUUUUCCCUACCCAAACCAACAAAUCUCUUAAAUCAUUCAAAGACCAGUGGAUUAAGUUUAAUCAGGAUGCCUUUGAUCGAGCUGUCCACGCUGGAUCUCGACCCCCAAUCGUGGACCUCUAUAAUGCUGUAACUUCCGCCACGAUGACCCAAGAGCAUCUCUUGCACACCCUCGAUGAGACGCUCUUUGCCAAUCUGGACGUUACAUUGGGGGCUAUCUCUUGGAACCUCGUGUUCUUAGCCGCCUACCCUCAGAACCAACGGCGUAUUCUUGAUGAAGUACGAGAAUGGAAACAACGCCCAAAGGGAGGGGACUUCAACAACUACUUCACUGAUUCAACCACCUACCUAUCGGCAUGCAUAUUGGAAUCAUCCCGGCUCCGGCCCCUCGCUGCCUUUUCCGUUCCGCAGGCAAUUCCAACAGACCGUGUCAUCAGUGGGUAUCUCUUUCCCGCUGGCACCAACUUCAUCGUCGACGCAUACGCUUUGAAUCAGCGGAACCAGUUCUGGGGAAAAAACAGUCUUGAAUAUCACCCAGAGCGCUUUCUAUCUCUCAGUCCAGUCAAACUCAGGUAUAACUUUUGGAGGUUUGGCUUUGGGCCGCGGCAGUGCAUGGGAAAGUACGUGGCGGAUAUGAUGUUGAAAGUAAUUCUGGUUCAUUUGGUGGAGGGUUUUGAAUUGCAACUUACCGGUGAUCAAGCCGAAGAAUGGAAGAGGGAUCCUGACACUUGGAUAAAUCACCCGGAAAUGAAGUUGAAAUGCAUGAUCAGACAGAAGAGUUAG